UACAUUUACAAAUAUUGCAAAAUUUGCUUUCACUUUACAUUUAUUUCGUUUAUUGCUUUACAAUGGGAAUGCUUUGUAUUUGAGCUGAUUCAGAAGAAAGGUACAUGUCUUACUGCUAACUUCUGAUGGGAAGGUUUGACUGCUAAUGAGAAUAAUGAAGCAUUUGUUGAGAAGCUACAGAUUUAACCUCAUUAUUUCAGGAAGGAGAUGGAUGAGCAAGAAAUACACGGACACUUUGAAUCUUCCCAAGACUACAUUCCCCUCCAGUAUGAAAGGCAACCAAGUGCCUCUUAGAGAGGAGGCUAUACAAGAGAGUGCUGAGUUCCAAAGUCUGUAUGGCUGGCAGAGAGAACACAACACAGGGCCAGAGUUCAUACUUCAUGAUGGCCCUCCCUAUGCCAAUGGAGCACCUCAUGUCGGCCAUGCACUGAAUAAAAUCCUGAAAGACAUCAUCAAUAGAUACAAGGUGAUGAGGUGGUAUAAGGUACACUACCAGCCAGGUUGGGACUGCCAUGGACUCCCCAUAGAACUCAAGGCUUUACAGACUGAGAAGGAGUCAUUUAAACAGAUGGAUCCUGUUCAAAUCAGAAUAAAGGCUCACAAGUUUGCAGAGAGAGCCAUAAGAAAGCAGAAGGAGUCAUUCAAGAGAUGGGGAGUGAUGGCAGAUUGGGACAACUGCUAUCACACAUUUGAUAAACAAUAUGAGGCCAAACAAAUUGAAACAUUCUUCAAAUUAUAUGAAAAGGGCUAUGUGUACAAAGAUUACAUGCCAGUCUACUGGUCACCAUCUUCAAGGACAGCCUUGGCAGAAGCAGAAUUAGAAUAUAACACAGAGCAUGUCUCCAAGGCCAUCUAUGUGAAGUUCUCCAUUAAUCAUCUUCCAGAAGAACUCUGCAGUUAUACCCGUAGUGAUGAUAAGAUAUGGGCAAUCAUCUGGACCACCACCCCCUGGACCCUACCCUCCAACCAAGCUGUUUGCUAUGGUCCCAAUGUGCAAUAUUGUCUGGCUAGAUGUUCCAACACACAGGAGGUUUUCCUGAUUGCCACUGAAGGCCUACAAGUCAUAGCUGCUUUGCAGAAGACUGAGUUUGAGACACUUUGCACAUUUCAAGGUGAUAUAUUGUCCAGUACAAAGUAUAGACACCCGACUCUGUCUCUGACAGAUUUACCAUUCCUACCUGGCCACCAUGUCACUGCUGGUAAAGGUACAGGACUUGCACAUGUAGCAGGGGCACAUGGCCAUGAUGAUUUCAAAGUGAUUAAUCAGCAUAAAAUCAAAGCGGUGUGUAUUGUCAAUGAGGAGGGUGAGUUCACAGAGGAGGCAGGGGAUGACCUGGCUGGCAAGUCUGUUUUAGGGGAGGGCAACCAAACAGUGAUUGACAUGCUGCGUGACAGAAUAGUUCACCAUGAGGAGUUUGUUCACAGUUACCCUUAUGAUUGGAGAACCAAGAAACCAGUUAUCAUACUGGCCAGUAAACAAUGGUUCAUCAACACUGAGAGAAUCAAGACUGAAGCUUUAGAAAGUCUGAAGCAUGUGACAGUAAGACCCAUGUCCCUGGAACACAGUCUCACUACACUGCUUCAGGCCCGUCCCUAUUGGUGUAUAUCACGUCAACGUGUAUGGGGGGUUCCUAUCCCAGUUUUCUACAACACUCAGACUGGACAACCUCUCAUAACACAGCACACCAUAGAGCAUAUUAGAGACCUAGUGGAGCAGCAUGGCACAUCAUGUUGGUGGACUCUGCCUAUAGAGGAACUCCUACCAGCUAGUGUCUUAAUAAAAAGUGGCCUUGACCCUGAUGUCGACUACUCAAAGGGUGAGGAUAUACUGGACAUUUGGUUUGACAGUGGAGUCUCUUGGGCAGCAGUGUUAGGAGGUAAACAGGCUGACUUGUACCUGGAAGGUGUUGACCAAUUUAGAGGUUGGUUCCAGUCCUCACUUCUCACAAGCAUUGCAGUAAAUGGCACGUCCCCUUACAAGUCACUGCUGGUACAUGGAUUUGUGAUGGAUGAAUCAGGAAAGAAAAUGUCUAAGUCACUUGGGAAUGUUAUAGACCCUCAACAAGUCAUCAAUGGUGGAAAAAAUCUGGACAAGGAAGCUGCUUAUGGGGUGGAUAUCUUACGUUGGUGGGCUGCUAGUUGCCAUAACGACACACAAGUUCUAAUUGGAAGAGCCAUCCUCGACAGAACAAAGGAAACUAUAUUUAAGAUUAGGAAAUCACUGCGCUAUUUACUAGGCAAUCUGUCAGAGUUUAGUACUGAGGACAUUUUACCCUAUGAGGACUUACUCCCCCAGGACCAAUAUAUGUUGCACCUUCUCAAUGAUUAUUGCUCACAGGUUACUAGGAGUUAUGAUGAGAUGCAGUUUGGGAAGGUUCUACAUAGCACUGAAAAGUUUAUAAACACACAUGUGUCAGGUUUCUAUAGCAACAUUGUCAAAGAUAGAUUGUACUGCAGUGAAAAGUAUGGGUCAGCUAGGCUAUCCAGUCAGACAACACAGUUUUAUAUAUUAUCUGCAAUAUCUAAGGUCAUUUCUCCCAUCAUGCCUCACUUGGGAGAGGAAGUUCAGACCCAUCAUCCCUGCUUUCAACAAGGUGAUCCUAGUAUAUUCAAAACAGGCUGGUUGCACACAGACAAGAGUUGGCACAAUAAGGAAGUUGCUGAUGUGUUCCACAUAGUCCUUGGUAUAAGGGACAGUUAUCAUGAAAUCAUUGGCCAAGAGCAGCCUGUGUUAUUCGAUGUUGUUGUCUGUGCACAGGGCGACAUCUUUAAAAAGCUACAGACUCUACAACAGGAGCAGACCUCAUGUAGUUCCCCUCUGAAUGAAGUUCUGCAAUGUUCAUGGACUUCACUGUUGGAGAAUCCCCCAGCUGUGCUACCAGAUGAGUCUCAAACAUUACAUGGCACAACCAAUGUCUCAAUGCAAGAUGGCAGCACCAGUGUUGGCCACUUUACACUGGUUGUCAUGCCAGCUGAAAGUUUCCGUUGUGAAAGAUGUCGUAGAUACCUGGCAGAAAAAUCAAAUGAACCUUGCCAAAACUGCUUGGAGGUUAUGGCUGGAGAUUGGGCAGUUACUUGAUGAACAUUAAUUCUGCUUGGAGGUUAUGAAAUCAAUGUAUGGGGAUGAAGAUUCAGAUCUAGUGUAUAGAGAUGUUUAUGUUACUAUGAGGAUGACCAUCUUUACCUCUUCCAGUCAACUUUAGUGUUAGGUUGGCACAGUAGGUUGACCUUUAUGUGUGAUGUCAGUAUAAUUAUUAUUUAAUACUAUAUUCACUAAACAAUGGACUAUUAUUGCAGUAUAUUGGGCCUCUGAAUAUGGAGUAUGACCUUAACAGCCCUAUCACUGUGGUGUUUACCAAUGAAAUAAUCAGUAAAAGUAGUGGGCUUUGAUUCAAGACUCCCAUGUCCUCUAUAUGAAUUGUUGAUCAAUGGAAUCAACUGAACAGCUGAGUGCAUCAUAUUUCUUACCAUUUUUGACAGUGUUUAAGAGGCCACAUGAAAUGUUUUCUAUUGGUUAGAUUUUUUCACUGGCUUCUUUAAAAUGUCAGUG